CGCCUGGACAGUUCGUAAACAACCCGACACACCAGUUGCAAUAUCGCUGUUUGCUGCAGUGGAUACGGUUUAAUUGUUAAGCAAAAAAGUGCGAAGCUGCAAAAGUGAAACAAAGAACAAGUAGUGAAAAACUUAACCAACCGGUUGAUAGGCAAAAGCUGUUCUCUUUUGUUCUGGUGUUUAUCUGCAAGUGCAGCACAAUGCCUUCGCGUUUGGAUGGUCUCUAUCGGUCGCUGCUGCUGACGAAGUUCUUCUGCAAAGGCUGGGGCAAACCGGAGAAUCUCGAAAGGCUCUUCGAAUUUCGCAAAAUUAUGUCCAAUCGCGCGGCAUGCUCCAAGCUCGUUCCUCGCGAUUACCCGGUAGUGAUCACCAAGGAGGAACUACAAUCGGACUGCAAGAUACUGGAGGGCAAAUUCAUUACACCGCUGGAAAUCUACAUGCCCGGUCUCGUGCCAGAUGUGGCACAGCAAGCACACUUCCAGAUAGUUCUCCCGCUGAAGUGGAACGAUGAGCGCUUCAAACCGAUAUGCAUCCAUUUGGCCGGUACUGGUGAUCAUUACUUCUGGAAGCGACGUAACCUGAUCGUCAAACCCCUGCUAAAGGAAGCGAAUCUCGGAGCAAUCAUCCUCGAAAACCCUUUCUAUGGUUUGCGGAAGCCAAAGGAACAGCGAGCAUCUAGUCUACAGAAUGUGUCCGAUAUUUUCGUGAUGGGCGGUUGCCUCGUGCUAGAGUCGCUCGUGUUGUUGAACUGGUGCGAACGGAACGGGUACGGUCCGCUCGGUAUCACCGGGCUCUCGAUGGGCGGACACAUGGCUUCGCUUGCCGCGACGAACUGGCCGAAACCGCUGGUGCUCGUUCCUUGCCUGUCCUGGUCGACGGCCUCGUCCGUCUUUACCGAGGGUGUUAUGAGCAAUUCGAUCAGCUGGGACGUGCUGGAGACGCAGUACUUUGCCGAUGGCAACUUCCGUGAGCGGCUCUCGAAGAUGGUGACGGUGGUGGACGAUGCCUUUGUGGCCGGUAAACAUUUCAUUCAGAACUUUGACAAAUCGGUUGAAGAACUCCGGCAAGACAUUAACGAGACGAAGGACCUGGUGUGCGGCGAGCCAUCGUCAGACGUCAAUCUGACCGUUAUCCGUGAGGUAACACCAGAACGUGAUCAACAACAGCAGCAAGAGCGGCAGCAGCAGCAGCAACAGCAACGCGCCAGCAGCCGCAUCCACAUAAACCGGUCCAACGUGCUCAAUCUUUCGGAGCCGCUGUUGAACAAACUGCUCAAUAACGUGAAAUGUGAACUGACGCAGGACGAAAUCGACGAGUUAAACAUGAAAAUUCAUCUCGCCCUAAAGCGACACAAGGAGGAAAUUCAAGCCGAAGGAGGAGCAGAUACACGCAUCAAUGAUAAGCUUAUUCUGGAGGUGAAGACGGAAGGGAUGCCGUCGACAGAGGGUAGCACGACGCCCGCGUCCACGAAAUCGGUCGGUUCGAAGAUCAUGGAGUACAUCAGCUGGGGAUCGUCGUCGUCGUCGCUUCCGGAAGGAGAGAAACGGCCACCGAUCGACACGACCAAGCAGCGUUGGUGGGAACGGGAGGCGCUACAAUUCAUGCGUGGCAUGAUGGACGAAUGCACGCAUUUGAAAAACUUCUCCGUCCCAUAUGAUACGUCGCUGAUCAUCGCCGUGUGCGCGAAGGACGACGCCUACAUUCCACGGGAUGGGUGCACCAGUCUGGAGGACAUUUGGCCGGGUGCUGAAAUUCGCUAUCUCGAUGCUGGGCAUGUCAGUGCGUACGUCCUGCACCAAAAGCUGUUCCGAUCGUGCAUCAUUGAGGCGUUCGAGAGGGCUAAAAAGAAGUGGAUUCCCGAGCAGGAGCCCCUGCGCGGUGAACUGAAUGGCCACGCAUCGGGGCCAGCGAUUGACAACGGUCCGCAAGAUUCAACAAAAUAGACGUAAGCACAAAAGACAAACAGGAAACAUAGGAGUUACCAAAGAAGAGGGUAGGAGAUCUGCAUGAUCACCUUCCUUGCAAGGCAGUGGACAAGCAAAAGAGCCCGGGAAAUAGCACCAAAGGCGUGACGAUGGUCACGGCUAUUGCUCCGAGGUAAACAUAUGGAUAAUCAAUAUUAUCCAUCGGACCGAACGCAUGCCUCUCGUACAUAAAGAGGAGGUCAUGGCUAACGCGGACAGCUUGCAAAAGCUGGCUAACGUGGAACCAAUGGGACGAUGAUUCUCCAACUGAUACAAAAAAAUAUAAAAAAAACUUUUAUGGGUGCAGAUUCUAUGACACGGUCCGCAGAUGACGCACAGUUUACAACCGAGCGGUACGAAAGUGUUUUGUAAAGAUUAGUAAGAUUGUGAUAAUGGAAUGGUCAUAUUUUCUACGGAAAGACCGAAAGGCAGAAGAAGGGUAAGAGAGAGAGAGAAUAGGUUACAGUCUGAGAUAUGGAAAUAGCGCUAGGGAACAGGAGACAGAAACGUUUACAAUUUUGCCAUUCAUUAUCAUUCUAAAAAGAAGGUUGUUUAAUUCUGCUAGCAUAGUCUUUCCCUGUUUGCAGAGGAUCGUGCCGAUGCAGAUUUGAAAAGUUCAAAGUAUUUUUUGCCUAAAACAUGUGUAUUUAUAACGCACAAUAAUGUUAACGAUCGUACCACGAGCGAUUUGCGUAAAAAUGUUUUUGAUACUCUGCUUUCAUUACAUUUCAAUACUCUGCUCACAUUACGUACAGUACAGCGAAUAGCUUUAGUUCUAUUAUAUUUUUAAAUUGAAUUUUAUAACAAAGUUGCGUUGAAAAAAUAAAGCUCAAA